AUGGCUUCUCGACUGGCCGUCCCCCGUGAGCGCGGCAACAUUGAUUAUUCCGCCAUCGGGAAACUGGGAAGACGCACCGGAGUCACCCUCGAUCAUCGACCGCUGGACGCGAAUGGCAUGGAGGAAAUAUCGGGCAUCUUCUCAUCCCCCCGCAAGCCCUCGCCGUUGAAGAAUAUGAUGAUCAUGCAAAGCGUGGAGGGACCCAGUCCCGUGGCCGAAUCGCCGCAGAUGUCAAGCCCGAACAGCGCGGGUCCUACUCCGAGCCAGCUCCUCUCAUCUCGCAGGAAGAGCCGCGCAACGCCCAUUCCCCCUCCCCGAUCAUCGUCGCCGAGGAAAAGCGGUAUUAGUGGUACCGCAAGGAAGAGCAAUGGCGUUGAUAUAUUUUCCACGCGGAAAAGUUUGCAGCCCGAGAAUAAUGAGGAUUACGAAAACGUUGCUCAGCCGAUGCCUACGCCGACGCGGAGCCAGCCGCUGCUGCCACCUACAAUUGUCAGCCCAAGUGCGCAGAGGCUACCACUACGAGACGUUACAACACCUGUUUCACACAAAACCCCGAAACCGAGACCGAGUCGCGAAAUGCAACGCAUCGAAAACGAGGUUUACGCUUCUGUUGAGGAAGAGGUCUUUGACCCACCUCAACAGACCGUUGAAGAAGAAGUGCUCCUAACAGUGGAUCCUGUUGACAUUUUACCAUCUAUUGAGCAAGCAGCAGCCACAAAAGCUCCCUCAGACAGGGAACUUUCGGCAGAGAUCAGUGAUGCUUAUGCCGGGUCUGAUAACGCAGACGCAGACCGAGGGCAGGAACCUGAAUUACCACCAGCUGAAGUGACACAGAACAAAGCCAAUUCGAGAAAGAAACGGAAAUCCGAUCUACUUGAAGAAGACGAUAAGGUGGCAUCACCGGUACCAAAGAAAACGCGCAAAAAGCAGGGACGAGUUCAUACCCACAAGGAGAGUAAGCAGCGCCCUCCAAGCCCCAACCGGACGUUGCCAGAAGCAGAGACAGCCGCAGAGGCGAGACAAGCGCUGGCGAUUAAGGAUACAAAUCUCAAACUGUCGUCCCAGCAACAAAGAGAACUCGACGACAUCGUUGAAAGGGUAGAAGCCAGGCCUGGACCACCUAGGUCACUCUACAUUCUACGUCGGGAGACUCCCAUGGACAACAGUGUUCAGCACACGAGAAGUGGCCGAGCCAGCGUGAGACCCUUGGCAUACUGGCGGAACGAGCGAUGUGUCUACGGCGCGAGUCCUAGCGGCGGUGGUUUAGCGGACGGCGCCAGGUUCCCGUUGAACAGCAUCAAGGAGAUCGUGCGAAUUGAAGAGAUUGAGCCGAACAUUGGAAAGAAGAAAUCAAAGGGCAAAAAGAAGAAUGGGAAGGGCACGGGCAAAGCACGCCAAAAAUCAGUGGAACAAUCGGAGGAGUCAGAGUCAGAGUUUGACAUGGAUGGGAUUCCUGAGGAUCCAGAUGCCGAGCCCUGGGAGACUGGAACCGGCACGCUCCGCGGCAAUGUCUCCAUCUGGGAUAACGAAGAACAAGCACCCACGGAACUGGAGGAGGAAGUCGAAAUCGCCCAUGCGCCGGCGGCGAUCAGGACACGCGAAGUUAAGAGCUCGAGUCUCCAUGAUGGUCCCUCCUUCCGCUAUGCCAAACUACUGUCCACGAAGUUCUUUGGCACGGGACUCGUGGAUUUACCGCCCGGAGGAGUGAAACGGCCCAAGAACAGUCGGAAAAUGCACAUGAGUUUCUUCGUCGUCAAAGGGAGGGUCACUGUGACGGUGGGUCCAGCCGGCAGUGAGGAAACAGGAAGCAUAAAUAGGUUUAGUAUCGGGAAGGGCGGCUUUUGGCAGGUUCCCAGAGGCAAUCAAUAUUCGAUCGAGAACGAAAUGGAGAAGCCGGCCAGGAUAUUUUUCAGUCAAGGCUGCGAACCCGCUCCGGCCGAGGAAUAUGACUGA